AUGUUUGACCAGGAGCUCUACGAUAACGGCUGCGACUUCGGGCGCUACGGGGCGAAGGAGGAGCAGGAGGCCAUCAUCGACCAUGUGCUCUCGGAUGACGGCUACGACUUUGGGUACUACGCGGACGGUGGCGACGGGACGAAGGAGGAGCAGGAGUACAUCAUUGACCAGGUGCUCUACAAUGACGGCUACGUCGUCGGGCAGGAGGACGUUCAGGGCUCCGGUGGCGGCUUCGGCGGUGCGGCUGGGUGGCGGUGGUGCCGGCGGGGGCAUUGGCGGCUGGGGCGGAGGCGGUGGCGGCGGCUGUACAUGGCGAUUCUCUUUAUGAUGAUGGUGCUUCGCUGCAGGGUUUCCUUGAUUCCGCGGACAGGCAAGGCAAGAUGGUGA